GAGAGAGAGAGAGAGACUGGGUCCUGCUUUGAUUGACGCCUUACCAAAAUGUCGUAUUAAGUCUCUCUUCUCUUUUAUUGAUUAUCCAGGCCAUUAAUGUCCUACACAGUCGGCUUAUCUAGUCAAUUUUGCGCUAAGGACCGAAGUGCUUCUCUGCCACACCUGUGUGUGAUUGUUAUUGUCUGUUUGUUUACUUUUAAUUUCUCGAUUUACGGAGAACGGGAAACGAAGGCCGAAGUGUGAGAGAGAAAAUUUUUCCACUCUAGAAAUAAAUUCGGUUUUUAGUCGAUAGUCGUCGUAUUUUGUGCCGGUAUACCAGGAUAUACAUACCCUAUACCACGGAAAUCUAUCCAGCUACAUUUGGAAAUGGCCAGUGACGAGAAAUAUGGGCUGAGUAAGGCGUGAGGGCCAUGAAAUAAGAGGCAGCGGGAGAACGGAGGCGAUAAAGAAAGAAAAUGGCUUCCAUCGCCGCUGCCCAAUAUUCACGGGGAAUGCAAGUAAAAUAAGGAAGUGCCGAGGAGAGUGGAAUAACUUCGUUUUCUAUGUAACCCGAAAACAUGCAGGCUAAGGUAUACGGUGUAAAAAUUACCACUAAGAAAAAAAAGCCCUUGCUUCCAGUUUGGGAAAUCCUUUAGAACAAAGUUUAUGACACCGCCUAAAACUGAAAAUGGCCUCGUCAUCUAUAGAAGUUAUGGGGAUAGGGGGGGAUGAUAUGAAGGUCAUGCUGAUGGAUGAAGGCCCCCAUGAUGAAGAAAUGGCUAAGAAAAUGCAUGACAUCAUUAAUUCAACUGGCACAAUUGGACAUAUUAUUGACACGGGCCCGAAACUUUCAGAGCCUGCAGCUCCUGGACAUGAUGAUGAAUUUGCAUCAAUUAAUCAGUUCUCUUCAAUUGGGGGAAUGAUUCCUCCACCUGGGACAAUUAUCUUCUCCCCACAAGAUCUCAUGCGUAAUAGUAAACCUCCAACUCGUGGAAGGGGAAGAGGACGAGGAACUACUAUUAAACAAGACCCUGCAACUACAGAUCAGAUCAGUGCUUGUAAUCAGGCAUUAGAGGUUCCGGUUGCCUGUGAGAUUUGCCAUAAAGUUAUGAUGACAGGAAAAACAUUGAUUCAACAUAUGGCUAUUCACUCAGAUAUGAAACCUUUCCAGUGCCCUCAUUGUCCGAAGUCGUUUGCUCGGAAGGUUCACUUACAGGGCCAUUUGGUGAUACAUGGCAUUGAAAAGCAGUUUGAGUGUCCUGUGUGUCAUCAGAGAUUCAGUCGGCAAGACUGUGUCAAAGUUCACAUGCGUUUGCAUGAUAAGAGUAAGUGUGUUUACUGUGAUGUGUGUCAUAAGGCAUUCUUAACAGUUGGAGCUUUAAACAUUCACUUGCGUAUUCAUAGGGGAGAAAAGCCGUUUAAAUGUCAUUUGUGUAGUAAGUGUUUCACCCAGAAAAACCACCUUAUUACCCAUAUUAAGCGUCAUACCAAAGUUACUGAUGAACAUUUUACUAAGAAACUUGGACCUAGGAUGUUCAAAUGUGAACACUGUACUCGUGCAUUUAUCCGAUUAAGUGAUUAUGAGAGGCAUGUUCAGUGGAAUCAUGGGGCUGUAGCUGAGGGAAGUAUUAUUGAUAAACUUCCUACUGUGAGUAAUCUAAUUGAUGGUGAAAUGAAGCAAACUGGAUUUGCUCCACAAGUCUUCAAAGCACCUAGAGAUGCAAUCAACAGCAGACGAGUUAAAGCUAAACGUGGGAAGAAAGUUAUGUGUUCAGCUUCUACUCAGACUGAUGAGGCUGGAGGCCAUGUCAUUAUUCCCCGAAUGUACCAGGGCCAGGUGUCUGCCAGUACCCAGGUGUCUGCUCCCCCUACGCCUCGUCCAGCAGACGAUGAUAUGUAUGAAAAUGAUAUUUUUGAUGAAGGAAUGGACCGUAAUUACAGCUCGGAUGAAGAUGAAGAUGACCCUAGUGAAAUGAAGAGUCCCGAAGAGUCUAAGCUAUUUACAGUCACAGGGACAAGUGAUAUGGCCUCUGAUCCAGUUCAGGAUGCUGCUUUUGACGCUAUUGUUCAAGGCGCUCACUUAAAGCCGGUAUCAGAAACAAAAGAGCCUGUUUUGGAAGAAGCAGGAAGCACAAAUGAUGAGCAUGCAAUAUUUUUGCAAGAGGUUGUUUCAUCCAUGACAAAGCAAGGUCUUGAUGUCAGAGAACCAGAGCCUGAAAAUGAAGACAACAGUUCCCAAGAGGAGGAAACAAGAAUGCAAAUAAUUGAGGAAGAAGCAAGAGAUAAGCCUCCUGAAGAAUCUGCUGAGGAGUUAACGACAGUUAAUCCAGAAGAACUUGAAGAGGAAUCUCAAGAUGAUUUGGAAACAGAUCGAAGAUUGUAUGGGGACACUAAGUCUGGUUUCCAUUUCUCCACACCAUUAGCAAGAGGCAGAGGUAGGGGGAAAACUAGAGGGCGUGGACGAGGCUCUCGUGGAAAAAAGUAUUCUUUUGGAUUAACAGGAGCAGCUGAACUUCGUUUUAUUCGGAAGAGUAUGAUGAUGAGUAUUUUAAAUGCUACUGCGGAAGGAAAAGAAGGUGGGAAUGAAAUGGGAAAUGUCGAGGAAACAGAAGCAAUGGAUACAGAAGAAAGUAAGGGGAUGGCAACUGCAGAUGAUGUUGAAACAGAGGGACGUGUGAAGCGGAUGGCCAAGAAGCAGCAUGGAAAAGAUUUUGUUUGUAACAUGAAAAACUGUGAAACUUGUCUGCCUUCCCCAAAACCAAAUUCUAAACUACAGACAAAAGUCAAAGUGAAAUUGAAGGAAAAGGAUGCUGAAAAUACAGAAACCAUACCAGCUAAGAAAAUUUUACGAGUACCUGAUGGUCAAGGAAAUACAGUAGUUUCAUUGGCUAAGCCCUCUGUUUUCAGUGUGAAAAAGUCUCCAAAACCUUUGAUUAAGUCUUCUGAGAAGCCUUGGUUUAAUCAGGAGUCCCAAUUAGAAUUGCAGAAAUUAAAGGAUAGGUUAGCAAAUUCAUCAGAUGUGCAGAAGAUUAAACAAGAGUCGCAUCUUAAAAAAGCUGAGAAUGAGGAGCCAAAAAUGAAAGUGGUUAAUCGGGUUGGAACAUAUCCUGUGGACAUUACUGCAAAUCCCCUCGGAAAUAAAUCACAGACCAAACAGGACUUCUUUGUAGCAACUAGUAAAGCUGAUAGCAUAGUGUCCCCACCUGUUGAGUUAAUGUCAUUUUGUAUACCAACAUAUUCCUGUAAGUUAUGUGGAAGAGAGUUCAGGUUUGAAGGUAAAUUGCAUCGACACAUUGAGUCUGUACAUCAGAACAAGGUCAUUUUCUCUGCUGAUGUGAAGCCAGGACGAGGCUCUUCUAAAUGUGCAAUUCCUAGAGUGACAAAAAUAGAUGAGUUACCAAUGCCACAACCAGAAGUUGAAGCUGAAAAUCCAGAAAUUGCUGCAUUACGAUCAGAGUGGGAUGAUGAUGAUGAUGACGAAGAAGACUCCAUUCCUGGCUCUUCCAAUUCUGUCAGUAAAGCACCCACUACUAUUCCUAGUGUAACGACUUACACACCUCACACACCUAUAACAAUUGUAACACGAGAUAUAACACCUAUGACUACCACUGUUUCUGGAUCAUUAUAUAGCUCAGGAGUGAAACUGAAUAUGAAUAAAUUGGCUGGUCUUUUACCGCAAAAUAAAGAUAAUCCAGUGGUGUCAAGUAACAUGCAAGUUAAACAAGAUACUAACACAAGAGUUACAUCUUCAGUAGCACCAUCUCACCAUCCUAGGGAACCAGAGACAAUAAUGGCAGAUACUCUUGAUAUGAAGUGUCGACGGUUGCUUGAAAAGCUUUUUAAUCAUGAUUUGCUGCUAAGUUGUGGGCUUUUGGAGGAACAUGUAUCAGUUGUUUUGGGGAAAGUGCUUCAGCAUUAUGGAGUCAAGAUGAUCGAAGACUACGGGCAAGGACAGUAUGAAGUUCUUAAGUAUAAUCUGUGGCGACUGAUAGAGUGGAAAGUAACCAUGGAACAAAUGGAGGAGUUUUACACUGCCGGGAAGAGUGUUGAGGAGAUGAUGGAUGACAUCAUGAAUGAACGAGUGCCUCUCGUGUCUCAUCAUUUUGUGCCCCACGAACAGAAGGCUCACCCUCCUCCGCAAGUCAGUCAAGCUGGCCAAGUUACACAAGUGGAGACCAUGGAAGUAACAGAAGGUCAAAUGGUUCUACAACAAGUGGCUGGUGUGUUGGGUGGUCAGCUGAAUUUACCAGAGGGUGUGACACAGGUUGUGUUAGCUCAGGAUGUCUCUCCAGACCUCUUGCAGGGAGCUCACAUAGUUACAAUUGACCCGACUACUGGCCAAGUUAUCUCGCAGGUUACAGCAGAUCAAGUGAUACUUACAGAUGCCAUAGGGGAUGAGCUUGAGCAACAAGUGGCAGCGUUAGAUGGACAGGUGGUUGUGUCACAGGCUCACAUUACUGAUCAGAGUGGCGCUCAAGAAAGUAUAGUUGUGCAGCAGUCCUCGACCAUAUCUGUUCAUGGGAGCCAAGGUCCGGUGAGCCAUGGACAAGUAGUGGUGCAUGCUGCCCCCCAUCAGCAGUCCAUCAAGCUGGAGACUGCCAGUCACACAUCUGCUCAACAGCAUCACCCCCACCACCAGCAGUAAGGCUGGUUCUCAGGAGGGUUUCUUAAUAAACUAAAGCAGUCAAUUCUUAAUGUUACACAAUUAUUGGCUUUAAAUAAGAAUUUUUAUUUAUUAUAACAGAUUUGAUUGGUUUAGUUAAUUAGGUUGUACCUCACUGGAGAAUGCACCAUUGAAAUGUGCUAGUUGGUAAAAAGACUUAGGCCAGUUAUGUGAUGGAGGUGACAGACGGACUUUGGCGCCAGAACAAGUGAUUUGCAACCUAGUGGUGCAGUCUGUUAAAUCCCCACUGCCUUGUACAAAACUGUCCUCUUGCUUAAAACUAAAGUAUUUAAGCAUUCUAUAUAUAUAUAAAUAAAUAUAUAAAUAUACAGAUUUUUUUUCUAUUCAAAGUAAGCUUAUGUAAAUGAAUCCACUUUUAAAGUGUAUUAUUGUACUGUAUUGACAUCUGUAAAGUAAAAAUUUUGGGAAUUUUGCAGAUAUUUCCUCAGGUUUUUUGUAAAUACUGAAAAUUGAAUGGAAUUAAUUGGCUGUAUUAUGUAGAGAGUGCCUUUCUUUGCUAAACUUGUAUGCAUAUCCAGUUUUCUUUAGAGAAAUAGUGAUCACAAACUGUGGCUAAUUUUGUUGAAUUGUACUUGAUUAUAGGUCCUGGUCAUUUUAUGUUAAGAAAUUUUUAAGGCAUUCCUUAUGUUUUAAGCAACGUUAACAUUGCGAAGAUGUCGCAAGUUAAAACCUUGACACUUGAUUUUGAAUUUAAAUGUUGUUGAAAUGGUUUACUCUAGUGUUACCUCCAUUUGUACGAAAUAAAACUAUAUUUCAGUUUUUGUCUCUUCAGCCCUGUCAUCAAUCAUUCACAGUAGAGGGAGAAGGCCUUUCGUCUUGCUUUAAUAUGUUACAAUUUAAUUUCCUUACAAAUUAGACACAACUGGUGGCCACAUUUUCCCCUCUAGCUGUAUAUUACCUUGGAAUUACCGUAUCAGUUUCAUAUGCUGUAAACUUUUUUUUUAAAUUAAGACGUUGAAACCAAAAUUCAUACAUUUCUGAGCUAUAUGUUGAUGCUGUACCAGCACUAGUCUUGUUUAUGGCUUUGUUAGCAAAAGUGAAAAAACCCUGUAUGAAAUAAUUUUAUUCCAGGUCUUUAGAAUAAACUUUUUCAUAUGAA